CUACUUGGUUUCCUUCUGUACCUGUCAACCAAGUUUACUUAAGUCUCUUGAACAUUUGGAGAAGGGAUUACAGCUGAAAAACAUAGGAAAGAGUUUUUAAACCCACAAAUCCUUCUCUGACUUGAGACGUAGUUGCUAUCGUGCCAAGAAAAAAUAAAUGCGCAUGUUGGACCAUGUCAGAAAUCUUAAGAGCAUGGAUUGUUUCACACAGAGUGGAGAUGUGGCUUCUGAUUCUGGUGGCGUAUUUCUUUCAAAGCAAUGUGAAUUCGGGACAUAUGCCAACCAAAGCUGUGGACCCAGAAGCUUUCAUGAAUGUUAGUGAGAUCAUCCAACACAAAGGGUAUCCCUGUGAGGAAUACGAAGUCACAACUGAAGAUGGGUAUAUCCUUUCUGUCAACAGAAUCCCUCAAGGCUUACUGCAAGCCAAGAAGGCAGGUGCCAGGCCUGUGGUAUUACUGCAGCAUGGCCUACUUGGAGAUGCUAGCAAUUGGAUCUCCAACCUACCCAACAACAGCCUGGGCUUCAUUCUGGCGGAUGCUGGCUUUGACGUGUGGAUGGGGAACAGCCGGGGAAAUACAUGGUCUCGGAAACACAAGACACUCUCCAUAGACCAGGAUGAGUUCUGGGCUUUCAGUUAUGAUGAGAUGGCUAGGUUUGACCUUCCUGCAGUGAUAAACUUUAUUUUGCAGAAAACGGGCCAGGAAAAUAUCUAUUAUAUUGGCUAUUCACAGGGAACCACCAUGGGAUUUAUUGCAUUCUCUACUAUGCCAGAGCUGGCUAAGAAAAUCAAAAUGUAUUUUGCUUUAGCACCAAUUGCCACUGUCAAAUAUUCAAAAAGCCCUGGGACCAAAUUUUUGUUGCUGCCAGACAUGAUGAUCAAGGGGUUGUUUGGUAAAAAAGAAUUUCUGUAUCAGACCAGGUUUCUCAGGCAACUUGUUAUUUACCUCUGUGGUCAGAUGAUUCUUGACCAGAUUUGUAGCAAUAUCAUCCUACUUCUGGGAGGAUUCAACACCAAUAACAUGAACAUGAGUCGAGCAAAUGUGUAUGUUGCCCAUUCUCCUGCUGGAACAUCUGUACAAAACAUUCUUCACUGGAGCCAGGCAGUGAGUUCUGGAGAACUCCGGGCAUUUGACUGGGGGAGUGAGACCAAGAAUCUGGAGAAAGGCAACCAGCCAACUCCUAUUCGAUACAAAGUCAGCGAUAUGACGGUCCCUACAGCAAUGUGGACAGGUGGCCAGGACUGGCUCUCAAAUCCAGAGGAUGUGAAAACACUGCUCUCGGAAGUAACCAACCUCAUCUACCACAAGAACAUCCCUGAAUGGGCUCACAUAGAUUUUAUCUGGGGGUUGGAUGCUCCUGACAGGAUGUACAAUGAAAUCAUAGAUCUGAUGCAACAGGAAGAAAACAACCUUUCCGAGGGAACGUGCAAAGUCACACCAUGAAACAACCUGAGGCUGACAAGUCUU